UAUGUCUUUAUGACAUCUCACAAACCACCAGAAGAAGCUUUUAAUUUUCGACGACAUAAUGCAAAUGAUAAGAUGUCAACUCAACGUGAUUGGGGUCAAUUUUAUCGUCGUCUUGAUUAUGUUAUCGAAUUUAAGGGUAUAUGGCAUGAUGAGAUGGAUCUUCAUACUACUAAGUUAAUAUUUCAUAAAGGCUGUGGUGCAGGAAUUGAACAAUAUCAAGAUGGUGAAGUGAUUAUUAAAGCUGAUAAUCAAGUUUACUGGCGUCGUUGUUUUCCCGAGUUCAAGAAAAACUAUCUACGUGAUUAUCCUAGAUGCCGCGAGCUUUCUGAUUAUAAACAGAAGCUUUUACAACAAUCACAAUUACGAUUGAAAUGUCGAAUCAAAAAAUUUAUAAAUGAUUCAGAUCACGAUGAUGUAAAUAUAUCAAAUUCUCAUAUGAUGCUUGAUGAUAAUUAUUUUGUUCAAAGACCUGUAGAAGUUAUAGAAAUGACUGAUGAGUAUGCUAGUAAUCAAGGUCGAUCAGUUUUAAUAUGGCGAAAAAUUAUAGAAAAGCAAAAUGAAGAAAGCCGUCGUCUCAAUGAGGAGAAU